AGAAACCUUCCGAAUCGUACUUCCGUAAAUACACGCAUCAGGUUGUAUUGAUUCAUCCAGAACAAAACGCUCGGGCUGCUAUUUUGAUUAUAUGUGGCGAAUUGCAGCUGCGUGAAAAUAAAGUUUAAGCGGGUGGUUGGUGCUUUAACGAAUCCAGAAGAUGCCCAAGGAAUCUGACGAGUCCCCCAAAGAGGAGCAGAGCAAGACUGACAAGGAUGGGAAAGAGAACACUGUGGAACCAUCAGAGGAGAUGAUCCGGAAGAGGAUCAGAAGAAGCACUCCCAGUCCUCACAGACUCACCCCCCAGUCCAGUCCACCCAGAUUUGUCUCUGUGGAAGAGCUCAUGGAGACAGCCAAAGGAGUCACUAAUCUGGCACUGGCCCAUGAGAUAGUGAUGAACAGUGCUUUUCAAGUCAAGCCUUAUGAGCCAGAAGAGGGAAGUUUGGAGAAACAGGUCAAGGAAAUGAUGCACAAAGCAUUCUGGGAUUGCCUUGAGUCACAGCUGAAAGAGGACCCGCCAUCUUUCAGCCAUGCCAUCACCCUGGUUGGGGAAAUUAAAGAGACCCUGCUAUCUUUUCUGUUGCCAGGACAGAGCCGACUGAGAGGGCAAAUUGAAGAGACUCUGGACCUCUCAUUGAUCCAGCAGGAGGCUGAAAACGGAGCUCUAGACAUCAGUAAAUUAGCCAGGUUCAUAAUUGACAUGAUGGGCACCUUUUGCGCACCCUGCCGUGAUGAAGACAUCAAACAGCUGCGUAAAAUCAGUGACAUCGUGCCCCUUUUUAAGUCUAUAUUUGCAGUGCUAGACAAAAUGAAGAUCGACAUGGCCAACUUCGCUGUGAGCAGCCUGCGACCUCACCUUCUACAGCAGUCGGUGGAAUACGAGCGGAAGAAAUUUCAGGAGUUCUUUGAAAAACAACCCAAUGCUUUGGAUUUCACAAAGAAAUGGCUUCAGGACACAGCAGAUUAUGUAACCGGUGGAGAAACAGAGGGUGGAGCAACAUCCACAACAAUUUCUGUUCAACUCCCUCUUACUGUACAGAAUCUUGCUUAUUUGCGCCUGUUAAAAUGGGACCAUGAUGCCGAGUCUUUCCCAGAGACUCUUCUCAUGGAUCAGUGCAGAUUACAGGAGAUGCAACAGGAGCUGGAGCAGCUGGCACUGGUGGCUUCAGUCCUGCUCAUUGUGUAUAACAGUGCUGGGGAGGCCAUUUCUGGACUCCCGGGACUUAUUGAAAGACUGAAGAAAACCAUUAAGAUUCUGUUAGCAGAGAUGCACACACCGUCCUUCAAAGCGGAUGAAACCUUUGCUGCUGUUGCAGAGAAAUUGUGUUUAGAGCUCCGAGGAUGCUUGUCUCAGCAUGGCUUUUCCCCAUUUCCCUCAGACAGAGAGAACACAUUGAAAGGCCAAAUUGUAGCAGCAAAGUCUGCGGACAACCCCAUCCGCAAGGUCAUUGACUCCCGGAUCCAGAUGUACCUCCUUGGCUUCCUGGAGUCAAGCUCCCACCGGAGUGCCCCAGCUCUCCCUGGAGGUCUGACGCCCAUCAGCAAAGAGUUAGAGGAAAUUGCCGUCAAGCUGGAACGUUUGGUGACCUUCAACAAGCUAGUUUACGCUCCGUUCUACCAGAAGAUCCUCCAAGAGAUUCUGAAACAAGGGGAAGGCUUAGAUGUGUAAACAAAACACGUGAAAUACUUACCACUGGUCAUCCUGGCUUUCACAUUCUGUAGCUAUAUAUACGGAUUAUAGUGUCUAUAAACUAGCUAAGUAACCCCUAAAAGCUCACAUGCUAGCACUACUGAAUAUUUAAGGGUUAACAUUCCUAAGGUCCUCUCAUUGCAUUGUAUAUCAGGGAAUAUUUGUGAAUGUAUCAAGAGAUUUGUUUUGCCUAAAGCUUUGAUUGCUUUAGACAAUGACUGAUUGAAAUAAUGUAAUAGAGGAGAACCUUGCGAAUACUGUUAUUGUGUGCAACAAAAUAUUCAAAAGAUUCACUUCCAGCAACAUUUUUGAGUAGUUUCAGACAUUUGCUGUUGUAGCCCGAACCCUUCCGCAAAGGUGUUAUUAAGGUUUCUGGCUAGUUUGGAUAAAAUUGAGGUAAAGGAUGUAUAUUAUUUGACUGGUGCCUUAGAUUGUGAAGUGCCGUGCCACCCAUGUUUAUGUGCACAUUUUUCUCUUUAAUGUUCAUUUUAACCUACAGAUUACUCCCACGUUGUUCCCACGGUCAUGCGAAACCUGGAAUACCAAGCAUGUUCUUUUUAAAGAACAUUAAAAGAAUGUUUCUAUCAACACUGAGCAUGUUUUACAGAAGACACCUUCACCUCACAAGAUAAUGUAUUCCCCAGAGAACCCCAACUCCACUUCUCUAUGUUCUGCUUUCAUAAACUUCUAAAUUGUGUCCUAUCAAUGCAGUAUUACUACUGGUUAUUUGAAACUGAAUGCUGGCUGUCAAUAAAUUGUGAGGUGUGUAGAAAA